UAUUAUUAUUAUUAUUAUUAUCCAUUCAUUCAUUCCGUUACUAUCAUUUGUACUAUUCAUUCUAUUCAUUGAUACUAUAGUGAUUAUUUGUGAAAAACAGAGUAGUAACAAAGACAAUAAUAACUCUGAUACAUAAAUAUUAUGUUUAUUAUUAUUAUUUAUAUUCGUUUAUUAUAUUUAUUAAUGUAUGGAUUAUUAGUAUUCAAUUAUCCAAUGAAUUAUGUUCCAACAGAAAUGUGGAAACCUGGUUGUAUCCCAAAUAAUUUACCAAUUUUAAAUAGUUACCAAGCUAAAAAUCCUAUAUAUAAUAAAGAAUAUAAAUUAACAGAUGAAUUAAAAGAUAAAAGUUUAAAAAAAUAUCAUUUAGAUAUGGAGGAUGAAUAUACUAUACCGGAAUUACCUAGAUUAGCUGUGAAAUAUUAUGAAAAUGAUUAUAAUGAUGAUGUUAUAAUACAUUUUGAUAGUGAAAAUAACAAUCAUAAGAAAGAUAAUAAUAAUAAUAAUAACAUUAAUAAUAAUAAUAAUCUCAUACAUUAUUACUAUCAUCAUCAUCAGCAUGAUAAAUACAGAAAACGAACGGAUAAACCUCAAAGUCAAUCAUCUUCCAAAUCUAGACUUCUUUAUGGAUCAAGUUUAAUGCCAACAGUUGCUGUACCAGUUUCAAUUCCAGUACAAGCACAAAUUCCUGUUUCAAUGCCUGUAUCACAACCGAUGCUAAGUCAUUAUUAUGGUGUUAGUGGACAUACAUAUAUACCUCCACAAUAUUCAUUUGGAUUUCCAUUUGGUGGUCAUUAUGCUACAGGACCUAGUAUGAUACCUCAGCAACCAAUAAUACCACAACAACCAGUAAUACCACAACAACCAGUAAUACCACAACAACCAGUAAUACCACAACAACCGGUAAUACCACAACAACCGGCAAUACCACAACAACCAACUCCAAUAGCUCCACAAUUACCACCUACAGUACCUCAGCAGCAACCACCUGCAGCAACUCCACAACAACCCCCUGAAGUGAGUCCACAACAACCACCUGCAGCAACUCCACAACAGCCACCUGCAGUAAGUCCACAACAACCACCUGCAGUAACUCCACAAAAGCCUGAAAUACCAUUUCCGUUCCCUAGUCCAUCGGUUAAACAAACUCAAGUACAAAGUCAAAUACCUUUACAACCAAAAGUAUCAUCAGUUUCUCAAAUGCAACAACUACAGUUACUUCAACAACAACAACAAUUGUUACAAACUCAACAACAAAAACCACAUGUUACAGUGAAACACGUGAUAAUGCCACAACAUAUAAAAGUAUUCAUUAAGAGUCCAAAUGUUAGACCCAGGUUUAUUAAACGAUAUUAUUAUUAAAGUUUAAAUAUUAAUGAUAAGAAUAAUAAUAAUUAUCAUUAUUACCAUUAUUAUUAUUUACUGUUUUCUCUGAAUUAUUAACUAACGGACUGGUUAACAUUCACAGAAUUGGUAGGUAUCAAUGUUAAGGUUAAACUUGAUAGGUUUUUUCAAAUAAAUAUAAUAUUUCUUAUAUAUUUCAAUGGAUAGAAAAUUGUAAGGCACGUUAAUCUGAAUAAGUGACUUAUAUCAAGUUACGAAACGUCAGAAAUACAAUUAUUUUCUGCUCAUUGGGAUAUAUUCAUUAUUCACAGCUAUGCUUAUUAACACAUCACUUAGUUUCUUAUUGGGAUAAAUAAAUAAAUCAAAGAGAAUAAAGGAUCCCAGUUCAGAUAGAAGCUUAGAAAAAUAAAAUAAACAUAUUAAUAUAAUUCUUAUUUUUACUUACUUACGUCUGUUGCCCC